CUGGCCAUGUCGUAUCCUCAGGGUUACUUGUACCAGCCGUCAGCGUCCUUGGCUCUCUACUCCUGCCCGGCGUACAGCACCAGCGUGAUCUCCGGACCCAGGACCGAUGAACUUGGGAGAUCUUCUUCGGGCUCCGCUUUUUCCCCUUAUGCCGGAUCUACCGCCUUUACCGCCCCUUCCCCGGGUUACAACUCCCACCUCCAGUACGGCACCGACCCGGCCGCCGCCGCCGCCGCCGCCUUCACUUCCUACGUGGGCUCGCCCUACGACCACACGCCGGGCAUGGCCGGCUCCCUGGGGUACCACCCGUACGCGGCGCCGCUCGGCUCCUACCCCUACGGGGACCCCGCGUACCGCAAGAACGCGACGCGGGACGCCACGGCCACCCUCAAGGCCUGGCUCAACGAGCACCGGAAAAACCCCUACCCCACCAAGGGCGAGAAGAUCAUGCUGGCCAUCAUCACCAAAAUGACCCUCACCCAGGUCUCCACCUGGUUCGCCAACGCGCGGCGGCGGCUCAAAAAGGAGAACAAAAUGACCUGGACCCCGCGGAACCGCAGCGAGGACGAGGAGGAAGAGGAGAACAUCGACCUGGAGAAAAACGACGAGGACGAGCCCCAGAAACUGGAGGAGAAGGGGGACCCCGGGACGCCGGACACAGGAGCGGCGGAUCCCAAGGCAGCGCCGGGCUGCGAGCGCCUCCAGGAGUCCCCCGGCCCCCGGGAGGCCGAGGGCGGCCUCAGCGACUCGGAUUGCAAAGAGCCGGCGGAGGAGCGGCUCGACGGGCCGCCCGCCCCUCCCAAGGCGCCCGGCUCUUCCCCGCUGGGGCCGUGCCCGGCGGGCCGCGGGCUGCCGCCGGCGGGCGGCGAGGAGCCCCCGCCGUACCGCCCGCCCUCCGCCGCCGCCGGGCCGCCUCACGGCGCCGACCUGCACCCGCUGCUGCCCGCCGCCACCGGCGCCUCCGUCAUCCACUCGCCGCAGCAGGCGGCCCUCGCCAAGCCCAAGCUCUGGUCGCUGGCCGAGAUCGCCACCUCGGCGGACAAGGCGAAGGAGGCCGGCGGCGAGGCGGCGCCCCCCGGCCCCGCCGUGCUGGGCGGUGGCGGCCCGUCGCGCUCGCCGCCGCGGCCGCGCUCGCCGGCGGCGCAGUGCCCCUUCCCCAACGGGGCGGUCCUGCCGCGGCCGCUCUACUACACGGCGCCCUUCUACCCCGGUUACACGAACUACGGCUCCUUCGGGGCCCUGCACGGGCACCCCGCCGGCGGCCCCGCCGCCGCCGCCCCCGGCGCCCACUUCAAUGGAUUAAACCAGACUGUCCUCAGCAGAGCCGAGAGCCUGGCUAAAGACACUAAAAUGAUCAGGAGCCAGUCCCAAGUAGACCUUUGCAAAGACUCACCUUACGAACUGAAGAAAGGUAUGUCCAACAUUUAAUAUCGGCUUCUCCUCCUUACCCCCUCCCGGGACUGUGGUUUUCUUAUUUUGUUUUUUUAAUUUAUUGAGAGAAAUAAUAAAUUGCUUUGGCAGUUAUUUUUCCACUACCAAAAGAAAAACAAAACAAACAGAAAAAGACCAGCUCCCCCCUCCCUCCCAGCACCCCCUUCAAAAGUUUAUAGAGUCUAUUGGAAAUGGCUGGGUGGAAACCGCCCAGAAAUGUCUUAACCAAGUGAAAAGCAAAUGAGUGACAUGCUCUCUCUCACACACACAAAGAAGAAAGAUUUGUAUUAAAUCUUAUUCUGUAUAUUUAAUGUAGCUUUUUGUAUUUAAAUUGAUAAUACAGUAUCUUUGAAGUAAAUUAUGAAAUCAAGACACCUGUACAGGCAUUAAUGUUGUUUUCGUAAUAUAAAUAUAUACAUUUCUGUGUCUUUUUCCGAAUUGUUUCAUAGUUUUAAAAUAUAUAUAUACAAGUUUAAUUUAAUUUUUUAUGCCUAUUGUUUUUUUUUCCUUGGGUGUGAGCUAAACUAUAAUGCAAAAAAAAAAAAAGGAAAUAGGUUAUACUUAUUAGAUACAAAAACCUGCAGCCGCCUUUGUAAAAUGCAAAUAUUUAAU